CCCCCAUCCAAAUAUACACACAUAUAUAUACUAUACAUCCACUCCGAGAGUCUCCCUCAUGGCUCCCCCUCCAAUCCAUAUUCUAGGAUUGGGAAGCAUUGGGACAUUCAUCGCUCAUUCGUUACGAUCCCUGCCGACACGUCCACCCGUGACCUUACUUCUCCAUCGACCUGGCUUGUACGACCAGUUGGUCGCCCGCCAGGGAAACCUACGCCUCCAGAUCGGGGAAUCUGGACCCUCGGCCGAACAAGGCGGGUUUGAUGUUGAGCUGCUGGGGCAACAAGAAUCCACCCCCAUCCAGUGUUUGAUUGUCACCGUCAAGGCGUCCGCGACUCUCGCGGCGCUGCAAUCCAUUCACCACCGCCUCAACCGCCAGUCCACGGUCUGUCUUCUGCAGAAUGGGCUGGGUCAGAUCGAGCAGCUGAACGCACAGCUCUUCCCCCACCCAGAUACGCGACCCACCUAUAUCUCCGGCAUCAUGCGUCUCGGGGUCUACCUACGAGCGCCCUUCGACGCGGUGCUGGCGGGCAUGACCGGCUCGGUUACCGUGGGGAUUGUCGGCGGCCACGGCGCUGCUCGCUCGGCCGAAUCCUCUGAAUCCGCCUCCACUCGCUACCUACUGGAUCGGCUGACCGAGUCGCCCAUCCUGAGCUGCACGGAAGCACCCUGGACGGAGCUUUUUCAGGCGCAGCUCCUCAAACUCUCCGCCAACUGCAUCAUCAACCCGUUGACAGCCUUACUGGAUGUGCGCAACGGGGCUCUGCUCCACAAUCUCGAGGUCCUCCCCCUCCAGCGCCAACUGCUCCACGAGGUCUCGCAGGUCUUCCAACGGUUACCCGCGCUGCAGUCGCACCCCGACGCGCAGCAACAGUUCUCGUCUGCCUCGCUGGAGGCCUCGCUGGUGAGUGUAAUUCAGCAGACGGCCAGCAACUCGAGUAGCAUGCGCGAGGAUCUGCACAAGGGCCGUGCGACGGAGAUUGAGUUUAUCAACGGGUGGGUGGUGCAACAAGGCGAGAAAUUGGGGGUGGAUUGUUCGGCCAACCGCCUGCUGAGACAGCUCAUCCGAGCCAAGCGCAGUUCGGCUGGACCGGAGGGCUGAAUUUCUGCUGAUCGAGAGGGUUGGUGGUUGGUGCAAGUAUCGGUGUAUGAUCGUUCAUGCUGUGUGGGCGGUGGACUGAGUCUAUUCUUGGAGUAAAAUGAAACGGGCGGUGAGUUCUUCCGCCGACUGUCCACUGCAGAUGUUGUGCCUGGUGUAAUUGCAGCGGAGGGAAUAGCCGAAGUCGAUCAACCACCGUAUGAUGGAUGUCUGUGAGAGAUGAGGGAGCGUAUGUAUGUACUGAGUAAGUACUACUACUUACCGACUAACGUAAUCGGUAAGCGAGUGGGCACGGCAAGCGAGUGGGCACCCUGUGUAUUGCAUAUAAAAGAGUAUAUUUUAAA